AUGUCAGAGCCGUUCCUUAUCAAGCAUAUGUCCAGCGGGAGAUUCUUCCAUCCAGAGAGCGGAAAGAAUAACCCACGCGACAAUACAGAAAUUGUUUUGCAUAGCGACAUCCAUGCGCACAUGCGCUGGAAAUUUGUGCGCGUGCACGACAAUUGGGGAUACAUUCAGCACGUGGCAAGUGGCAAGAUCAUUCAUCCGCUGGGAGGUAGUUUGUGUUCUGGGAACGAAACAGGACUCGUACUGCACAAUGACCGCCAUCAGGGAGCGCCGUUUUCCCUCGACGCUUGCAACCAUCACGUGAUCCACAAGGGAGGAAAGUUUGCACACCCACAAGGCGGCAGUCCUUGCGCGGGCGAUGGUACAAAAGUGGUCCUUCACAGCGAUGUCACCCGAUACGACUCGAGUUAG